GGACGCAGACUAAAAUUACCCAUUAACUCAAAAUCAAAAUUCACGCACAGACAAAAGAACCUCUCUUGCAUUUCUCAAGCACAGAAACAGAACCAUAAAAUUGCUUUCCAUUUCCCUCUUUCCAACUUUUUUUUAUCUUAAGAGGCCAUUUGCAGGUUUCUCUGAAAACCUGCUAAAAAUACUUUUGUAUCCCAAGAAUUCACUCUAUUUUCCAGCACUUCUUACCUGCACACCACCUGUUUGAUAAAACGCUGAAAAGAAAGUGAAAAGUGAACUAGCAGCGAUGGGCGUGAAAACAUUGCUUAAAUGGUCAAAACAAAUCACCCCAUCUAAAGUUGAGCAACUACUUAGUGCAGAAAGGGACUUACGCAAAGCUAAAAUCAUAUUUGAUUCCGCAAGCGCGGAAUACAGCAAUGGUUUUAGGCAUGAUCACACCACGUUUGGCGUCAUGAUCUCUAAAUUAGUCUCCGCCAAUGAGUUUAGGCCCGCGGAGGAAAUGCUUAAUAGAAUGAAGGAAGAGAAGUGCAGAAUUACUGAGGAGAUAUUCCUUUCAAUUUGCAGAGGCUAUGGCCGGGUUCAUAUGCCAUUAGAUGCCAUCAGGGUUUUUCAUAAAAUGAAUGACUUUGGGUGCAAACCCACUGACAAGUCUUACAUCAGUGUAUUUGCUAUUCUUGUUGAAGAGAAUCAGUUAAAGGUUGCGUUGAGUUUUUAUAAGUAUAUGAGGGAAAUGGGUGUUCGGCAGAGUGUUGUUUCGCUUAAUGUUUUGAUUAAAGCCCUUUGUAAGAAUAGCGGAACGAUUGAUGCUGCUUUUGAGAUAUUUCGUGAGAUGCCAAAACGCGGGUGUGAUCCGGAUUCGUAUACGUAUGGUACGCUAAUUAAUGGUUUGUGUAAGUUGGGUAAGACUUUUGAAGCCAAGGAGUUGUUUAAAGAGAUGGAUACAAAAGGAUGUUCACCGUCCGUUGUCACGUACUCUUGUUUGAUGCAUGGCUUGUGCCAGGCUGGUAACGUGGAUGAAGCUAUGGGAUUGUUUGAUAAGAUGAAGAAAAAAGCCAUUGAGCCAAAUGUGUUUACCUAUAGUUCUUUAAUGGAUGGUCUUUGCAAGAAUGGGGGUUCUUUAGAAGCCAUGGAGCUACUAGAGAUGAUGGUCAGGAAGCGCCAUAAGCCUAAUAUGGUAACCUAUAGUACGUUAAUUAAUGGGCUCUGUAAAGAAGGAAAACUUGCUGAAGCUGUGGAGACUCUUGACAGGAUGAAGCUUCAGGGAUUGAAACCAGAUGCAGGGCUCUAUGGAAAAAUCAUAAAUGGGUUCUGCAAUAUUCGCAAGUUCCAGGAGGCUGCAACCUACCUUGAUGAGAUGGUUCUAGGGCAGAUCUCACCAAACCGAGUAACUUGGAGCCUUCAUGUUAAGCUUAAUAAUAUGGUAGUCCAAGGCCUUUGUACAAAUGGCAACCUGAAUAGAGCCUUUCAGUUGUACAUAGGUAUGCGCACUAGGGGUAUCUCAAUUGAUGCUGGGACCUUUGAUUCUCUUGUGAAAUGUUUCUGCAAGAAAGGGGACUUGCAUAAAGCUGCUCGCAUUUUUGAUGAGAUGGUGCUCGAUGGAUGUGUUCCUGACGAUGGAAUAUGGAGUGCUGUGGUUGGUGGAUUUUGGGAUAGAAGAAAGGUCCGGGAAGCUUUUGAGUCGAUAGUGGUUGAACUAAUGAAUGAAUUUGUUGAGCAUGUAUAGAAAAUGAUAACGAAGAUUUAUGAAUUAGUAAGCACACUUGGCCCUAGUCUUCUUGUUCCAAUCACAGAAAACUCUCAUGUUGUUUUUCCUUCCUUCAAAAAUAAAGUUUCCAUAUUCUCUUA